AUGGGCUGUUUCGCUCCUUAUACAGAAACGCCCAUGUUUCCACACCACGUAAAGGAGAUCCAGGACAGCCAUUAUUUCUAACUCCUUAUAUUGAAGCUGGGAAGUUUGCAGAAGAUAGAUCCGUGGAAUGCUCCAGUCGUCCUCUGGCUGCAGGGAGGGCCGGGAGGCUCAUCCAUGUUUGGACUCUUUGUGGAACACGGACCUUAUAUUGUCACAAGAAACAUGACCGUGCGUGCCAGAGACUUUCCUUGGACCACUAUAUUUUCCAUGCUCUACAUUGAUAAUCCAGUGGGCACAGGCUUCAGUUUUACUGAACAUCUCCAGGGAUAUGCAGUGGAUGAGGACGAUGUGGCACGAGACUUAUACAGUGCACUUACUCAGUUUUUCCAGUUGUUCUCUGACUAUAAAGACAAUGACUUUUAUGCCACUGGGGAGGAACCUGAGGACCAAAGUUACUACAGGAAAUUUUUGUCCCUCCCACAAGUGAGACAAGCCAUCCACGUGGGAAACCGCUUUAGUGAUGGAUCCAAAGUUGAAAAGUACUUGCGAGAAGAUACAGUAAAGUCAGUGAAACCAUGGUUAACUGAAAUCAUGAAUAAUUAUAAGGUUCUAAUCUACAAUGGUCAACUGGACAUCAUCGUGGCAGCUCCCCUGACAGAGCGCUCCUUGAUGGCCAUGAACUGGAAAGGAUCCCAGGAUUAUAAGAAGGCAGAAAGAAAAGUUUGGAAGGUCCUUAAAUCUGAUCCUGAAGUGGCUGGUUAUGUACGGCAAGUGGAUAGCUUCUAUCAGGUAAUUGUUCGAGGUGGAGGCCACAUUUUGCCCUAUGAUCAGCCUUUGAGAUCUUUUGACAUGAUUAAACGAUUCAUUUUUGAAAGAGGAUGGGAUCCUUAUUGA